UCUCAAGGCAGCAUGUUUACUGUUUUAUAACUGGCUGAGGCAGGUCCUGAUAGUAGGGGGGGGCCGCAUCACAAGUUGUGCUUGGUGAAGAUCAGCAUGAGUUCCACUCCUCCCAUCCAGUAACACCUUCCCUGGAGCUUUGGAACACAGCACAGAUAACGGUGACCUCAUCUCUUCACAGCUACCAGUUUGAUCUUAACCAUUGAAUGAGUAUUUGGUGUUCACUUGACUGUAAAUGCCUGCAUUUGAAUGCCCAUGUAAACAGGUGGCUCAUCAGGAUGCAGUGGACAGCGAUAGUUUAUGGCGUGCUGAUGCUCGGUUCCAGUGUCUGCUCUGUGUUUGGGAACUGUGUAUUACUGUUGGUGGUGUUGCUCAACAGGAACUUACAGACGGACACCUGGGCUCUCACAUUAAGCUUCUGUCUGAGCGAUCUGGCAUUGGGCAUCUCCAUCAUCCCUUUUGGAAUCCAUAACAGUCUCUUCCUUGUUCAGGGCUACACCAGCAAUAGUGCCCUCUGCCAGGGCAGCGCAUUUCUGUUCUUGUUGUUCCAGAUCGCCUCGAUCCAUUCUCUCACAUGGGCCACCGUUGAGAAGUUCACAGAGAUUUGCUUUGCCCUCAGCCACACUGGGAUCUUCACAGCACACAGGGCCAAAGUCAUCCUUGCAGUGGUGUGGAUGUAUAGCCUCCUCAAUGCAACUCUACCAUUGCUUGGUUUUGGUAGUUACGGAUACAGCAAAACAAAGUUCCUCUGUGUUCCCCGCUUCCAACCGUCCAGCAUUGGCUUCAACAUGCUCUUCAUGGGACUGGGAAUAAUCGUUCCAAUUCUGCUGAUGUGCUCCAUGUAUGGAUAUAUAGUGUAUAUAGCCAGAAACCAGGUGCGACGAGGGACGUUUGUUUGCAAUGAGGACCACUGUUUCUAUGUACCAGCCAAUAAUUACUUCAAAAGCUCCAUAGUAAUGGUGACAACCAUAGUGUGCCUGCUUGUUUGCUGGCUGCCGUAUAUCGUUAUCUGCUUCUAUGAGACGUUGACGGGCAAAGAGAGCUUGCAGCCUGCCUCUGCUGUUGCUACAUGGCUUGUGCUCUUCACUUCAGCUCUCAACCCAUGGAUCAACACCAUGACACAAACGUAA